CCGCUGGAACAGCUUGAAAUUGUCUCCAUUUCCAUAUAGCACUUUGAGACUUCAAAAAACACUCGAUGAACGCGCUCGGGCCAUCUCUUGCACCAUACAUUCGUUCUUCACGAACGCUCAAGAAAUGGGUUACUCCAGUCGCGCAGUGGUAUGCCAACCUGAUGGGCUACCGUCAGAUGGGUCUUAAAUAUGACGAUCUCCAGCAAGAGGAAUUGCCCGAAGUUCAAAGGGCCCUCGGUCGUCUGUCACAACGAGAAUACUAUGACCGUUCAUACCGCAUGAAGUUCGCCGCGCACCAAUCUGUGUUGCAUAAACCCCUGCCGAAGGAGCAAUGGUUAUCUGCAAAGGAUGACGCCCGGUACUUGAAACCACACAUUGAGGAUGUUCUCAAGGAGGAGUCCGAGAGGGCUGCUUGGGAUACUAUGGGCGUACAGCGCAGAUAGACUGUGAUACGACUGCAUUUUUCGUAAAUUCAACCAGCUGCACUCGUUAAUUGGAAUCUAUAGCGUCACGGGCACGCUUGCGAAUUGAAUUUGGACAACUUCUACAACCGUACUGGACAUUCUACUGAGAAGGCUCAUUUCAAAGGAAACUCAUUCAAGGGCCUUGACUAGCGGAGAAAUGACCUCGCCACCUUUCUGUUUGUAAAAGGCGAUGACCCUUUUACUGACUGCCGCGAUAUCUGGUGUGAUAUUAAACCAUGGUCUAUCACGGCAGGGUUGCACUUACUCGUGCCGGUUAUACCGAAUUUUUCGUACACCUUCUGAUAUGGUCCCGAUGCUCCCCACCCUUCGAGGCCGUAUUGCUGUACAACACGUUAAUUUGUGACUUCAUAUCCUUUCAACUACUUACCUCGUGACUGUACUUUUGCCACCCAAGAGUCUAAAGAGUCGAUACGCUUAGCACCUGAUUGGUCAACACCAUUCAG